AUGGGUUUGCAAGGUACGCUCAAUAGCUUCAACUUCACUUCUUUCCCCGACCUUGUUCAUCUUGAACUCACCAACUUUACUCUCUUUGGCACCAUUCCAUUUCAGAUAAAUUGCCUUUCCAAACUUAGAUACCUAGAUCUGUCUUACAACAACCUCAGUAGUUCAAUCCCUGCAUCUUUGGGUGAUUUGUACAAUCUUACUCUUUUAGGCCUUGAUGAUAAUGCACUUUCUGGUUCUAUUCCUUUAGAAAUUGAAAACUUGAAAAAUCUGACUGGGCUAUUUAUGUACAAUAAUUCUCUAACAGGAUCCAUUCCCUCCACGUUUGGGAACUUAACAAAACUGAAUGCAUUGAAUCUAAUUCAGAAUUAUCUUUCUGGUCCUAUUCCUUUAGAAAUAGGAAACUUGGCAUCCCUGGUAGAUUUCAGUCUAUCUCAAAAUCUUCUAACAGGUUCGAUUCCAUUCACUUUAGGAAACUUGUCCAAGUUGGAGAGAUUGUCCUUGCGUGAAAAUCAACUAUCCGGGAUCGUCCCUGAAUCUAUAGGAAAUCUGAAAAUUUUGGUUACUCUACAUCUCAGUGGCAACAAUUUAUCUGGAAAUUUACCACAACAAUUAUGCGUUGGUGGAUCACUUUCCUAUUUCUCUGCACAUCACAAUAGUUUCACGGGUCCCAUCUCAAAAGGCUUGAGAAAUUGUACAAGCUUAAUGAGAGUUCAACUACACAACAACCAACUGCAGGGAAAUAUAACAGAAGGUUUUGGUUCGUAUCCACAUUUGUAUUACAUCGAUCUGAGCAAUAACAAAUUAUUUGGUGAGAUUUCAUCAAAUUGGGGAAAAUGCCCAAAUCUAACAAGCCUACGGAUGUCAAACAAUGAGAUUACUGGUAGUAUACCUCCAGAGCUUGCAGGGAAUUCAUCUAUACUACAACGACUUGACCUUUCUUCCAACCGUUUAAUUGGAGAGAUUCCAAAGGAAUUAGAGAAAAUGAAGACUUUAUCAAGCCUGAAUUUGAGCCAUAACCAGCUUUCAGGUAUGUUGCCAUUGGAAAUUGGAAAGUUGUCGAACUUAGUAGUUCUUGACCUGUCAUCCAACAAUCUAACUGGACCUAUUCCGGAUCAGCUAGGGGAUUGCUUCAAAAUGAUCUACCUAAACCUGGGUAAGAACAGAUUUAAUGGAAGCAUUCCAAAACAAAUGGGUAACCUGAUUUCACUACAAAUUCAAUUGGAUCUUAGUCAUAAUCAACUCUUGGGAGAGAUACCAUCAGAGUUUGGGCGAUUACGUAGUCUGGAAACUUUAAAUCUCUCACACAAUAUGUUCUCUGGUUUCAUUCCCACAUCAAUGGAGGAAAUGUGGAGUUUGACAUCCAUUGACAUAUCAUACAAUGAAUUGGAAGGUCCGAUUCCCAAAAUUAAAGCUUUCGAAGAUGCUCCUAGAGAGGCUUUCACAAACAAUAAAGCAUUGUGUGGCAAUACUGCAAAAGGUUUGCCCUCUUGCAAUUCCUCAAUGAUAGAAAAGAAGAAUACUGGAAAGAAACACACACUCAUCAUUCAUAUCUUACUUCCUAUUUUGAGUGCAAUAUUUCUCCUAUCCAUUGUUAUAGGAAUUGCUUUUGUUUUUCAAAGAAGAGCAAAGAAGAAGAAGAUAGAAAUGGGACGAACGGAAAGGAUUGAUCAAGGGGAUCUAUUCGCCAUAUGUAGCUAUGAUGGUAGAAUUGUGCAUGAAAAUAUCAUUGAAGCCACUGAAAACUUUGAUGACAAGCAUUGUGUUGGGAAGGGAGGAUAUGGAAGUGUUUACAAAGCAACUUUAUCAAUUGAUCAAGUCGUAGCUGUGAAGAAGUUUCAUCCAUUACAAGAAGAUGCUGAAAUGGUCAAUAAAAAACAUUUUACAAAUGAGAUUCGUGCAUUGACUGAAAUACGACACCGAAACAUUGUAAAAUUUUAUGGUUUCUGUUCACAUGCGCGGCACCCAUUUUUGGUUUAUGAGUAUUUGGAAAGGGGAAGUUUGGCGGAAAUCCUAGGAGAUGUGGAGAGGGCAACAGAGUUGGAUUGGAUCAAGAGAAUAAGUGUAAUUAAAGGUGUGGCCAACGCGCUAUCUUACAUGCACCAUGAUUGUUCACCACCAAUUAUUCAUAGAGAUAUAUCAGGUAGCAAUAUUUUGUUGGAUUCAGAGUAUGAGGCUCGUGUAUCAGACUUUGGCAUUGCAAGGCUUCUAAUGCCUGAUUCAAGUAAUUGGACUUCUCUUGCAGGCACUUAUGGCUAUCUUGCUCCAGAAUUUGCUUACACGAUGAAGGCGACAGAAAAGUGUGAUGUGUAUAGCUUUGGUGUGGUAACAAUGGAAACAUUGAUGGGAAGGCACCCUGGUGAGCUCCUUUCAUCUUUAUCACUAUCAUCGUCGUCAUCGUUGGCAUCAUCAUCAUCAGUUGUGCAGACCAUUAUGUUGAAAGAUGUUUUAGACCAACGACUCCCUCCUCCCACAACUGAAGUUUAUGGAGCAUUGGUUUCAGUUGUAAAAAAGGCAUUUACAUGCUUGAAUGUUAAUCCCCAAUCUCGGCCAACCAUGAAACAUGUUUCUCAGGAGUUAUCAUCUCACAAGCCAUUUUCUAUUGAUAAAUUCCAUACAGUCACAUUAGGAGAAUUAUUGCAUGGUGGAAGAGUACUCGGGUAGAUGCAAGCUCGUCUGUUUUGGUAGAGAAAUCUAAUAUGUGAUUAAUAUAUCAAAUAGAAUCCCAAUUAUGUUUCUUU